CACACACGCACACAUGUUGCCAGAAUUGGCAUAAUUUUCCUUAUAUAAUUUGCCAUGCCACACGACGAUUAUAUCACAUAAGCCCAGAAUCUUCUGGUUUUGUAAUUCAAGAAGUCAUUACGUUCUUCCCCUCUUCUCCUACUUCUUCUUUGGACAACUGUUUGUACUGUGAGGAGCCUGCCGUCUGCACAAGGAGAGUUCAGGGAUUGAGAAGAUUAUAGUACUGCAGCAGAUAUGGGAAAUCAUCUCAGAUAUAUUGUUAAGAAUUUUCUCAGUUACUGGAGGAGGUGCAAACCGCGGUUAAGAGACGCCAUGGACAACCAAGAACCAACAACAGCACAUGAAGGAAUAAGGACACUGAAAUCGAAUAACUCCUGUGACUUCUCGAACGAGUCGGACCUUUGCAUUUGCCUUGUCACCUGGAACAUGAAUGGACAGGUAUCGUAUGAAGAUCUAGUAGAACUGGUCGGGAGCAAGAGGAAUUUCGAACUAUUGGUGGUCGGACUACAGGAGGCCCCGCGGACCAACAUCUCGAGAAUGUUGCAGGCAGUCAUGGCUCCAACUCACAUAUUGCUGGGGAAAGCAGUGAUGCAAUCCGUGCAGCUGUACGUGUUUGGGCCCAAGAACUCGAAGCUUUUGGCUAGAGAAGUGAAGGUCGACAAGCAUUCAGUUGGAGGAUGUGGAGGGCUGAUAAGGAGGAAGAAAGGAGCUGUGGCUAUUUGCAUCAAUUUCAAAGGAUUCCGUCUAGUUUUCAUCUCUUGCCAUCUCUCUGCUCAUGAGCACAAUGUGGAGCAAAGGAAUUCUCAGUGCCAGCACAUAUCUCACUCCCUAUUCUCAAAGGACUGCAACCCUUAUGCCCCGCCCGCCCAAGUGACCGUCUGGUUGGGAGACCUCAACUACCGUCUUCGGGGCAUCGACACCCACCCUGCGAGAAAAUUGAUACAUAACGACCUCCAGAAAGAGUUGAUAAGCAAGGACCAGCUUCUGCAAGAGGCCGAGAGAGGAGAGAUUUUCAAUGGUUACUGCGAGGGCUCAUUAAGAUUCAAACCGACAUACAAGUACAACGUCGGAAGCAGUGACUACGAUACGAGCUACAAGGUUCGGGUGCCAGCAUGGACGGAUCGGAUCUUGUUCAAGGUAGAUGACGCUGAUAAGAUCCAUGCAACUCUUCACUCAUACGAGUCGGUGGAUAAUAUCGAAAGUUCCGACCAUAAGCCAGUGAAAGCUCAUCUAUGCUUGAGGGUCUUGCCAAGAUUAGAAACAUUGACCUCUGCGUAGCUUUCCCAUGUCUACUAAUUAAUUAAUUGAUUGUAUUAAUUCAUGAUGAAUUAAUCUCUGGGUUCGACGUGUC